AUGAAUAAUUCCGCCCAUAGCGACAUUGAAGUUGUCGACUCCUCGGGCACCAGACACAGAGCAAGUACCGAUCACUUGGCUUCUAUAGCAGCCGCCUCUCAAGAUCCUUCCACUGCGCUGUUACCUCCAUCUUCUCCAAUAUCCACUCGCUCUUUAUCUUCCUCUUCUUCUUCUGCCUCAAGCCUCCGUGUCCCAUCCUCUCCCUCAGGAAUCUCCUCCUCAACAGUCUUCCCCUCAACAGGAUCUCCUUCCCUACUUCAAACAGUCUCUCGUACCCGCUCAAGCACAAGUACAAGUAGUUUUAGCAUUGGACGCGACUACCGCAUCUCCCCCUUUGACAACUUUGACGACGACUAUGAAGACGACUAUGCCGCUGCAGCUUCAAAUCCACGCGCCCUCCAGCGUCGCAGACUCAAUAUCCAAUGGAUCCGCAAUGCCCUAAUCUCAUGCGUCUUCAUCAUCCUUUGGUACGCAUUCUCCCUCUCCAUCUCCAUCUAUAACAAGUGGAUGUUUUCUGCUGAACACCUUGACUUUCAAUUCCCAAUCCUCACAACCUCAGGACACCAAUUUAUGCAGUUCAUACUAUCAUUUAUCGUUGUAAAAAUAUUUGGUGGGCCUUACAGACGCCUUUUGGCUGCAACUUCAAUGCCUGAUACCUCAUCUCCUAAUACUACCAAUACUACUACUAAAAAUAAUAAUAAUAAACAAGACCAACCACUAAAUACCCGCAAAAAAAAUGACGACGAAGAAGAAGAUAUCGAAGAAGAAACUUUCCACUUAAAUGACGAAGAAGCAAGCCUCGACGAUUCUAAUGAUAAAGACCUUUCCAACUCUUUUGAGGAGGAAAAACCAAUGCUCUCACCGCGGGACCGGUGGUUGUCGUGGAUCAAAUCGUACCUCAGAGGAAUCGUCCCAACAGCAACAGCUUCCGGCGCUGAUAUCGGCAUGGGUAAUGCGUCACUUCGUAUCGUUUCCCUUAGUUUUUACACAAUGGUCAAGUCUUCCAGUUUGGGCUUUGUCCUACUUUUCGGCAUCCUCUUCAAACUCGAGGUGCCUACAUGCUCCAUCUUUGGAAUUAUUGGUGUUAUGUCGUUAGGUGUCGUCAUGAUGGUGGCCGGUGAAACUGAGUUCUCUAUCAUUGGCUUUUUUUUGGUCCUUGGGGCUGCAAUGUUUAGCGGCCUAAGAUGGUCCCUCACUCAGCUUCUUCUGCGCCAGGACCCCCAUCUCGGCCGCAUCUCUACCCAUAAUGACCCUGCACGCACUAUCAUGUACUUAGCACCCCCCAUGGGUAUCUUCCUCUUUCUUUGGGGGUGCAUUACGGAAGGCCUCCCGAGCUUUGUACAUGCUCCCAUGUGGGCCGAUCGCGGCGUGUUUGCUGGCAUAGGCAUCAUGAUGGUCCCUGGAGCCAUUGCAUUUUUAAUGACAUUGAGUGAAUUUUUCCUCCUUAAUAGAACCAGCGUCUUGACGUUAUCGAUAGCUGGUAUCUUUAAAGAACUGUUGACGCUUGUUGCUGCUGCACUGUACUUUGGCGACCGUCUUUCUACAAUCAACAUUGUGGGUUUGGUAAUUACAUUACUCUCCAUUAUAAUGUACAACAUUUACAAGUUUAGACGGUAUCAAACAACAGGUCGAUAA